AUGUACGCCUCGUCCACCGCGGCGGCGGGCGGCGGCGGCGGCGGCGAGGGCAUCGUGGAGUGGUUCUGGCGCGCGGUGGAGUCGUUCACGGCGGAGCGGCGCGCAAAUUUGUUGACGUUUUGGACUGGCGCCGCGGUGCUGGGUCCCAACGGGUUUCACGAGUGCGACUUUCGACUGACGCUCGCGUCGCACUUGUCUCCGGAAUCGCUGCCGGAGUCGCAGACGUGCUCGCGGACGAUAAAACUCGCGAGGUACGUGACGUACGAGCAGCUGCGAGAGAAGCUGGUGAGCGCGAUCGAGUACGGCGCGAGAGGGUUCGCGUUCGCGUGA